CUCUUUUUUAAAGGGAGGGGGUCAUCGUCGGACCUGCUCUUCUCCGGCCGGUGGGGAAAGGAAGCAGACUGUGUUCCUCCUUGACACCUUGCGUUAGGGACAACGUUGAACCUCUCGAGUGUGUUUUCUCCCCUUCUGCUUAAGGCUCUGAGGAGAGGCGUUGUUGUGACCACCGGGUGAUAGCCAUGAAGUGGGGCUGGGUGUUUUUGGGGGUCUUCCUAUCUCUGGGGACCCUGUCCUGGGGGGAGAAGGGCUUGGAGGUCCCCGAGUACGAUGGCAAAGACCGUGUCCACGAACUGAACACCAAGAACUACAAGUCCAUCAUGAAGAAGUACGACGUGAUGGUGAUCUACUACCACAAAAACGUGGAUGGGAACCGCGCUGCCCUGAAGCAGUUUCAGAUUGAGGAGCUGGCUUUGGAGCUCGCAGCCCAAGUCCUGGGCGACUUCGACGACGAGGACAUUGGGUUCGGCCUGGUGGACGAAAAGAAGGACUCCGCUGUAGCCAAGAAGCUUGGUCUGGAUGAGGUGGAGAGCAUCUACAUAUUUGCCGACAAUGAGAUCAUUGAGUACGACGGAGAACUGGCGGCCGACACGUUGGUGGAGUUCCUCUACGAUGUGGUCGAGGAUCCCGUGGAGAUCAUCGACAACGAGCGCGAGCUCAAGGGUUUCCACCACAUGGACGAGGUCAUCAAGCUGGUCGGCUAUUUCAGGAGCGAGAAGUCCGCACACUUCAUCGAGUACGACGAUGCCGCCGAAGAGUUCCACCCCUUUGUCAAAUUCUUUGCCACGUUUGACCCCAAGAUCGCCAAGAAGCUGAAGCUGAAGAUGAACGAAGUGGACUUCUAUGAGCCCUUCAUGGAGGAGCCCGUCACCAUUCCAGGGAAGCCCUACGUGGAGUCUGAGCUUAUUGACUACAUCGAGGAGCAUGACAGGCCUACACUGAGGAAGCUGGAGCCCCACAGCAUGUAUGAGAUCUGGGAGGAUGACAUUGACGGAGAGCACAUUGUGGCCUUUGCUGAGGAAGAUGAUCCAGACGGUUACGAAUUCCUGGAAAUCCUGAAGGAGGUGGCCCGCGAGAACACAGACAACCCCAACCUCAGCAUCAUCUGGAUCGACCCCGACAACUUCCCCCUGCUGGUGCCGUACUGGGAGAAGACCUUCGGCAUCGACCUCUCUUCCCCUCACAUCGGGGUGGUUGACAUUGCGGACGCCGACAGCGUGUGGAUGGAAAUGGACGACCAAGACGACAUGCCGACGGCCGACGAGCUGGAGCGCUGGGUGGAGGACGUCCUCUCCGGAAAGAUUGACCCGGAUGACGAUGACGAAGAGGACGAGGAUGACGACGACGAUGAUGACGAGGAUGAUGACGACGAUGACGAGGACGAUGAUGACGAUGAUGAUGACGACGACGACGACGAUGACGAUGACGAUGGCGACGAUGAUGAUGAUGAUGAUGAUGAUGACGAUGAUGACGAUGAUGAUGAUGACGACGAUGACGACGAUGAUGAAUAAAUCUUUACCACCAUCUCGCACUUCCCUCCGAUUUAGCCAGAAAUGGAUGAACCCAAAAGUCCAUCUUUUUUUUCUAACCAGCUCGCUUCCUGUACGGCUUCCUGUGAGGGACAAACACGUCGACCCACUUGUUGUUGUAUUUGGAUAUGUGUAAUCUCACCGAGCAUGUGAGCACAGAGGCUAACGGAGGGGCUAACCUGUCGUUUUCUACCCGAUGUCACAGACCGGUGUCUCCCCCUCCAACACCCCCCACACCCCUCCUUUUUUCUGUUUUCAUGACUUGUUUUCUACUUGAUGAAGAGAACAAACAGAAACGUUAUCUUACCUUUUAAAAGAGAAUGAACCUAAAAUCACUGGAAAGUCUUAAGAUUAUUACAAUCUUAGAAAGGAAUUGGAAUACUGGAAACAAAAAACAAUAAGGUACAAAUGAAUUUGUUUUUGCUUUCAUAUUAAAAAAGAAAGAUAUUUUCCAACCAA